CAGCUUCUCCCUCGACCACGUUGCAUCAACGGCACCCGAAUCGAUCCAGGACGCGUCAAAUCGAUUUCUACGUCGGCCGCACUACGAAAGACACCGCCCCAGCAGCUGGUUGGCCACACGCCAGCGCGUUGUGGAGCUUGCACCUCGCUCAUCUCCAGCUUUCCUGUCGCCUCAUGUCGCGCCGCGCCAGCCUUGUCGAACUUGCUAGGCUGUGUGCGAAGAACGCCGUUGGUCGCAACCGCCAUAGCACGAAGACACACUUGCUAUGAAACUAUCCGCUUGAUCUCACCAAAAUAAUCAGUCCGACCAAACACUUGUUUUGUGGUCCAACGUGCGCGCCUGCCUCGCCCCAUUGCGGCGUGGGCCCCUCGCAACAAUGAGCAGCGCCCAGGCAAUGCAAGAGGAGCUGCAACAGAGCGUCGUCCUCAGCGAAGGCGAAGCCGAGUAUGGAGAAGAUGAUCGGGACAACAUGGAGGUCGACGAUACUCAUACAGGCGACAACGAGACACGUGGGGAUAGCUCAGCCAACGGCCGACGUCGACAACCUCGGGCAUCGAGAACUAGCAGGAAUGAUACCGACGAGGAAUUUCAAGAUGCUUUGGACGACCAGAGUGCCGGGGAAGAAGAUGCGGACAGUGACCUGAGCGAAGCCAACGAUGACGAUCCGAAUCAAAGCAGCGAUGAUGGUAACGGCGACGAGAGCGGCGACGAUGAGGACAAAGAGGACGCGUCCAUGGGCGAAGCAGACGCUGAAGGCGAUGACGAUGACGAGCCUAUAACCCAGACACAACUCAGCCAGGACGAUGAGCAUGACGUGGAGGACGAAGAUGACGCUGAAGGCGUUGGUGCUGUUAAGAUUAGGCCGGGGGAUACCGACGAGGAGAGUGACGAGAGCGCAAGCAUUGCGUCUGGUGCGUCGAGUGAUCACGAUUCCGAAGCCGAGUGGGAAGCUGCCGCGGAGAAUGGCAACGAAGACGAAGAUGAGGAGUCUGAAGCGGCAGACCUUAGCCUAUGUCUAUUCUGCAAGAAGCCUGAGGAGAACGACCCAUCAGAAGACUUUGAGUCCUUCCUUGCCUGCAGCAGUUGUGGCGACCACGCCCAUCAGCAAUGUGCACGAGACGCCUCAGCAAUUAGUGAACAGAAUGCUCCUUCGAAGUGGAAGUGUCCGGAAUGUGCAGAGGAUGAUACAUCAUCAUCAUCCGAGCAUGGCGAGGAUGCUCAAGAUGUAUUGCAGUCACAGGAAGUGGACGAAGAUGGCGAAGACAACCAUCCAUCUGCCCACGGCGAAACAAGGAAAAGGGGUCAGGGCCAAGCGGAGUCCCGGGUGCUUAGGAAGAGGAAGAGCUCCGAAGGCGCGGUGGAAGAGGACAGCAUGGCCCUUCGGAAACGACACAGAAGCACACCGGAUGGCUCUAAUCACGAGGGCGGGCAAGAAGAAAGCAUGAAUGAUGAUGCAAGCUCCGUGCGACCACGGUCUGUGCGCUCAGUGCGGCUCAAAUCUGCCGGAAUCACCACUCCCUGCACCGUCAUCAAGCGUUCGCGAUCUAGUCUCGUGCUCAACAUGAGGGUCAAGAGCGAGGAGCUGUCCAAGAUUCUAUCACGAAAACCCAAACCACUGAAGAAGCGAUCACACAGGGCGGCAACAAGUCGGCCAGCACAGACCAACGGAACUCAGCGCGACGUGCCGGUCGCCGAUGCGUUAGCUGUAUCAUCUGUCUUUGGUCCAAGCUAUUCGCAGCCAUUCUACUCGUUCUAUGACAAGGAGACGGAUGAGCUCAAAGGCAAGCCAUAUGGCGGUAUUCUCACAGAGCAAGAAGCCGACACGACCAAAACACUACCCACUAAGGAUGAUAGGCGACGGUUCGAUGAAGCGAAGCAGAAGGCCGAAGAGGAGUGGAGGAAUCGCCUGUUGGCCAUGCAGGCGGAAGCAGAAAUGCAACCAGUCAGAAAGACCAAGAAAGCACAGGGUCCAGCAAGCCAGAUCGAAUGCAUCGAGUUUGGAGGUUGGGAAAUCGAUACUUGGUAUGCUGCACCGUACCCAGAGGAGUACAGUCGCAACCGGGUGCUAUACAUCUGCGAGUUCUGUCUGAAGUAUAUGAACUCGGAUUACGUCGCUUGGCGGCACAAGCUCAAGUGCCCAGCUAAACACCCACCUGGCGAUGAGAUCUACAGGCACGGCUCUAUCUCAUUCUUCGAAGUGGAUGGGCGGAAGAACCCAGUCUACUGCCAGAAUCUCUGCCUACUGGCCAAGCUUUUCCUGGGUUCGAAAACGCUCUACUACGAUGUAGAACCUUUCCUCUUCUACGUUCUCUGCGAGUAUGACGACCUGGGCUAUCACUUUGUUGGAUACUUCUCCAAAGAAAAGAGAGCCAGCAGUCAGAACAACGUCAGCUGCAUUUUGACACUGCCCAUCCACCAACGCAAAGGGUACGGCAACCUCCUUAUCGACUUCUCCUACUUGCUCACAAAAGUGGAGGAGAAAACGGGCUCGCCAGAAAAGCCUUUAUCCGAUAUGGGCCUUGUCUCAUAUCGUAACUAUUGGAGGCUCGUCAUGUGUCAGUACCUCCUCGAUAACGCUUCUGAGGAUCGCAUGGCACGGAAAGGACUCAGCAUCCGGCAGAUCUCUGACGAUACUGGCAUGGUCCCGGAUGAUGUUGUGUCCGCCCUCGAAGGACUCCGAUGUUUAGUGCGGGACCCGAUCAGUGGCUUGUAUGCGUUUCGAGUCGACUUCGCCUACUGUCGCCAAUAUGUCGAGAAGUGGGACUCCAAGGGCUACGUCAAGCUGAAACCCAACGCUUUGACAUGGACCCCAUAUGUCAUGGGCCGCAGCAACGCCACAAACUUUGAGCUGGGCCCUACAAUUAGUACCAUUGCCCCUCGUGACGAGGACGACGAUAUAAAGACGCCUGCUGUCAACAUCCUGGCGAGCAGCGGGAUUGCUACAGGCGAUUUUGCACUACAUCUGGGCCCGGAUCGGAAGGUUGUUACAGCACUGGAACCCGGGGUACUUGAAUCCACGGAGCCCAAUGAUAACACGGAGCUCAACCCAGAAAAUAGUAGCGGAGUCAACGGCACCGAUACUACGGUCAAUGAGAAUGAGGAGAAUAGUCGCCGUGGUCCAAACUCAUCAGGCGCCACAUCAGAAGAGAAACAGGAUGUGUCGUGGGACAAAGCGUAUGAGGACAUUCCAACACAUCGCUUUGUCGUUUUCCCCCCAGUCAAUCCGCGGCGACCUACGGUGCCACGCAUUAGUUCAUCUAUUGUACGACCGACUCUGCCACGAGCCCCGUCGUCAGCGUCUCGACCUCGUCCCCGCCCGCGACGCCCGUCCGGUGCGACUCCUCGACCACGAAAGUCCUCAUCCACACAAAGAAAGAGUAGCAGCUCUUCCAAACGCAAAUCUGGUGGCACAGGCCGCGGCCCAGGUCGGUGGCCUAAAGGGACCAAGAAGAGCGACUAUGGCAACGCGGACAGUGGACCUGGGCUCCCGCCAGCCUGGUUGGAACGCCAACGUCAGCUCAAGAGUGAUGGCGAAACUAGUGCUGACGCUGGCGCUCAUGAUACCGUCAAUGUUCAAACCCCGGACGCGGCAGCGGGGAAUGCUGGAGUGCAUACUAUCUCGGCGCGUUUCGAGCUCAAACCCGACAGCGCCGCCGAGGAUGAUGAUGACGAGGACGAUGACGAGGACGAGGAUGACCGGAUUGAUCUGGUCGUCAGUGACGUCCAUGUCGAUAAUGGUGAUGACGACCUUGACGCGGAAGGCGAGGAGGAGUGAACUAUUUCGCGGUGGGCGAAGCAUUCGACACUUCCAGUGUUUGAGGCUGUACAUCCUUAUGUUCAAACAUCGAUGCUUCUCAGUCUGCCAGGCAAGCACAUAGCUUGAGCCUGCUCACUGACUUUGGUCGCAGGACUUUUCUUCUUUUCUUCCCUUUUUUGAGAUCUUUUAUUUUGCUUUCUGGGACGAGCCGGGCGCAACACUAGGAGUUCACUGGGAUCAUUCACUGGGAUCACCGGUUGGUACGACGAAAGGCAGCCGGCCGGAGCGACGGGGUUGGAACGCCGUUGCUGCCUCACAAAGCGUGUGAGCUUGGAAGAUUAUAUGCCAGUAGAACAAUACCCCCAUUGUACAUUUCAAGCAUUGUCAUGAUGUGAGAGCUGCGAGUAUG